CGUUGUUGUCCAACUUUCAUUUCUUUUGGUGAAUGGGAAGCGGUCAGCCCUCAGGCCCCAGGGCGAUCCUCUUGGGUUAUGGGCCGGGUUAGCCAUGGCUGGAUCCAAAUAGUGGUUCUCAUCACGCGUUCAGCUCGCUAACCCGGGGUUAAGGAGAUUGUUCCAGGACCCCAGCACACCACAAAUUCAAUCACAAGGAAAUGAUGCCCAGGACUAUCCCAAUGAUGGGUGGAGGACAUAGAAACUGAAGGGGAAGGCAAGGGGCGAGGGCGCAACUUGUUGGAAGGCUAUUCGGCUGAAAAGCGCCCAAUGGCUCUUCUUUCCUGCAACGCUGCAUGCUGUGCAGGACCUCGCUGUUUAGCGACGGGAGCUACGGCACAACCCACAAAGAAGCGGCUCCAGAUAGUCGGUGUUGAUCUGCUGCAUCGAACAAGAUUGAGAGAGGGCGUACCUCCAAUCUUCAGUCUCACAUUCCAUCAUUCUGUGUUUCCAUCAAGCAUAACACGCCAUUUUCAGCAGAGUAGUAGCUCGGCGCCCUCACAUCAGGCGAGGCGGGGGUUUUCUUGUAGAGCUGCAGGGAAUGGAACCGAGAGAAGACCGGAAUACAGCAAAGAUGCUCGGGCACGAGCAGAGGUUCUUUCCCCCUUUCGAACAGUCCGGCAGUUCUUCUAUAUAGCAUUUAUGGCCUCUGGGGGUUUAGGGACUUUGAUCACAUUGAGCAAGGUCGCAGCAAGUCUUAGUGGGAUUGACAACGGGGUCCCGCUUGAGUCCAUGUUGAAAGACCUGGGCAUUGAUAUCGCCGCGGUUGCCGUCUUCGCUUUCCUGUAUUCUCAGGAUGCAAAGGCCAAGAACGCCCAGCUAGCGCGUUUAGGGCGGGAGGAGAGUCUGGGCAACCUCAGACUUGAGUUGACAAACAAACAGACCGUGACCGCGAGUAGUCUACGAGGGAGGGCCCGCCUGAUCAUUGUGGCGGGUCCUCCGGGCCACAUAGAAGCAGUGCUUGAAUCAGCCAAGCCGUUCAAAGAUCGGUUAGUCGAAAGGGGCUGCUUGGUUGUGCCGCUAGUGACGGAAGAAGCCAAGGGGGCCAAGUCCAGCGAGGCGGCUGCGUCAUCCGAGGGGGCCUUAACAGAGUCGUCCAGCCCGUCGCCGCCUGCCGAGUACAAGGUCAACAUCGAGACAGAGCGGCGGUGGAAGGCUGCACCGCUCUACACAAACGAAUGGAGAAAGUGGCUCGAACAACAAAUGGAACUGGCGAAAGUUGGUAUGGGCACCCCCGUAUACAUUUCACUUCGUUUAGAUGGUCGGGUGAGGGCCUCCGGCCUUGGCAUCCCUCCCUGGCCAAUCAUUGUCGCCCAGCUUGGUCCGAUGACAGGAAGCUCCUUCAUGGAUGGAUUCGAUGGAGCCGUUUAGAAUAGUAAGCGGUUGUUGAGGACUCCGAGCAGCCUUUGUUUUCCGCGUUGUUGCAUUUCUGCUUCGAGAACAAGCCGCACCGGCAGUCUACAUACAGGCGCGGCCGCUGAUGAUUUGAAGCCGUUAAACAAUCUUUUCGAUGAAAGCGUUUGCCAACGCAUCAUCAUGCAGUAUAUUAACGUGACCGCACUGCACGCCUUGCACCCUGGGUUCUCGUGUCCGCUGGGCCCGGACGACUCAUAAGCAGCUAGUUGGCUUGAUUAUCGCGCGGCGAGCUUAGAAGUGGCCCAAUCUGUGUCAUCUCUUGACAAGACUCAAAGCUGCUGCAAGUCCUUUAAUG